AUUGCGCUCAAGGCUCAUGAGAACUCGGCCAGAGAUGGGUCGUUUCGGUGUCUCUCGCUCAAAGGCUCGCUACCGUGGUCAACGUGGUGAUAAAAGCUCCCAUUCAAAUUUCAUCGAACACUGAGAGGCACACUACCUGUUACUAGCUUUUGGUUCUAGAGAUAAAAGGGGAGCAACGAUUUGCUGGGCAUACUUCCAUGGAGUAGCAUUGUUACAGUAAGAGAUAGGAGAAAGGAAAGCAACUCACAAGGUUCAGAGAGAGAAAGAGCCCCCCAUGCCACAAAGUGCGGAGAUAGGAGAGAGAGGCAACCAACACAGUGCAGACAGGGCACGUAAAUAUCAAUCAAUUAGAGAGAGAGAUAGAGAUAGAGAGAGCCCACAAAUUGCAGAGACAGGAGAGAGACAACCCACAAGGUGCAGAGAGAGAGAGAGGUGACCCACAAAGUGCGGCAGUAAUGGGCACCAAAGCACUUCCACCAUGGCCAAAGAAUCUGAACCCAACCCAUGUACUGCAACUCAUCAGAGCCGAACGCGACACGCUAAAAGCCCUCCUAAUCUUCGACUCAGCCACUGCUGAGUACUCCAAUGGCUACCGACACGACCACAAUACUUUCUCUCUCAUCAUCUCUCGCCUCGCCUCUGCAAACCAAUUCGCCUCUGCUUACUCUCUCCUCACAAGGAUGAAACAAGAGAACUGCCCCAUACCAGAAGACACCUUCCUCUCCAUUUGUCAAGCCUAUGGCCGAGCUCACAAGCCAUUAGAGGCCUUGAAAACCUUUCACUCCAUGAAAGACUUCAACUGUGAACCAACCCAAAAAUCCUUUCUCUCUCUAUUUGAUAUUCUUGUAUCAGAGAAUCGAUUAAAACUCGCCCACAAGUUCUUCUUUCAAAUGAAAGAAAUGGGUAUCCCCCUCUCUCUGGUUUCCCUCAAUAUAUUGCUGAAGGCCCUCUGCAAAUCACAAAAAACCAUUGAUUCGGCGUUUAGAGUUUUCAAGAAAAUGGAACUGGAAUUUGGGUUUACUCCUGAUUCUUACACUUAUGGAACACUGAUCGAUGGGCUUUGCAAAUUGGGUAGAGUUUCAGAGGCCAAACCUUUAAUGGAGGAGAUGAUUUCGAAGAAAUGUUCGCCUACUGUGAUCACUUACAGUACAAUGAUUUAUGGGUUCUGCAAAGUUGGAGAUUUGGAGACAGCCAUGAAAUUGCUCGAAGAAAUGGUGGUUAAUGGAAUCGAGCCCAAUGUCAUAACUUACACCUCUCUGAUCAAUGGCCUCUGCAAAGCUGGAAGGUCACUAGAGGCCAUGGAAGUUCUUGAAACAAUGGAUGGGAAGAGAGAGAAAGCAAAGGGAGGAAAGAGAGAGAAACCCAACAUGAAAACUUACAGUACAUUGCUCACUGGCCUCUGCACCGAGAGAAGGAUCCAUGAAGCUUUGUGUGUCUUUGAUCAGAUGAAGCUCCAUGGAUGGAAACCCGAUGCAGCUCUCUAUAGCAAGAUUGUUACAGGGCUUUGUCAGUUUCAGAGGUUUGAAGAGGGUGCAAAUUUUCUUGAUGAGAUGGUGUUGAGUGGGGUUAAGCCAAAUUCAAUGACCCAAAAACUCCAUGAAAACAUGCACAAUUUGGUGAUAAGAGGCCUUUGUUCUUCAAUGGAUACAAACCGAGCUUUUCAGGUCUAUAUGGGUACGAGAACUCGAGGAAUUCAGGUAGUUUCAGAGAGUUUCAGGGUGAUGAUUGGUGGUUUUUGCAAGAAAGGAGAUGUUUAUAAGGCAGCUCGACUGGUUAGAGAGAUGGUGGAUGAUGGUUUUGCUCCAGAUGAAUCUGUUUGGCAGACAAUUGUGAGUGGGUUUUGGGAGAGGAGGAAGGUGAGAGAAGCAGCUGAAGAAUUACAGGGUAUGCUAGAGAGAGAAUUUCUUUAGUCCAAAGCAGAGAACUCUGAUUGAAAAUGGGGCAUCAUGCGUUUAAGCUAGGGAGAAAAUUUCCCGUCCUGAAACAGGAGGCUCUCUCUAGCUGUGGACAAGACUGGUUCUCGAUGAGGUAAUGGUGAUUUAGAGAAUUUCUUGGUCUGAAACAUAAUCAGAGGAUGAAAUAGAAAGAUAAUUUCUCUCUGUCCAAUGAAUUUUCUCCUCAUAGACAAUUGAUAAAAUUGGAAGGAUACAGAGAAUUUCUCUUUGAAGGCCCAGGUUGUGCUGAGUAAUAAUAGAGAGAAAAACAAUUAUUGCAGACUGAGCUGAAGAAAUUUUUUAUCUAGUCUUACAGAGAAAAACUGAUUGUGAAUGAGGAUUCUCAAACUACUUAUGGGGUUAAUUUUAAGGUAUUUCAGUAC